GCAGGAGCUCCUCCCGGUUGUAGAUGUAUCUCUCCAGGAAGCGCUGUGUCCCGUUAAUCGCGUAGCAUUCCUGCCGUCCCUGGAACAGCACCUUCCAGCAUCCUCUUUACCCAGCAACAGAGAAUGUCAGCUCUGUUAUUCCUCUGAUUGGUGAAGCCCAGCCAUGCUGACUCCUCUCCACCCAUUUUGACCAUUUCCAGUGCUAGAGGCCCACAGUUUCAGAGUCUCAUCUGCCUCCACCCAGCCUCAGUUCAUUAACACUGUUCCUGAGCUCAUGGACAUCAAUUAUAGACCCCACAACGUGUGCCCUGAAGACAGAAUGUUCCAGACCAGAGCUAUUGUCUUGAGAACCCUCUCCUUGGCUUUCCUGCUGAGUCUCCGAGGAGCUGGGGCCAUCAAGGCGGACCAUGUAUCAACUUAUGCCAUGUUUGUACAGACACAUAGACCAACAGGGGAGUAUAUGUUUGAGUUUGAUGAAGAUGAGCAGUUCUAUGUGGAUCUGGACAAGAAGGAGACCGUCUGGCAUCUGGAGGAGUUUGGCCGAGCCUUUUCCUUUGAGGCUCAGGGCGGGCUGGCUAACAUUGCUAUAUUGAACAACAACUUGAAUAUCACGAUCCAGCGUUCCAACUACACUCAGGCCGCCAAUGAUCCCCCUGAGGUGACCGUGUUUCCCAAGGAGCCUGUGGAGCUGGGCCAGCCCAACACCCUCAUCUGCCACAUUGACAAAUUCUUCCCACCAGUGCUCAACGUCACGUGGCUGUGCAACGGAGAGCCGGUCACUGAGGGUGUCGCUGAGAGCCUCUUCCUGCCCAGAACAGAUUAUAGCUUCCACAAGUUCCAUUACCUGACCUUUGUGCCUUCGGCCGAGGACUUCUAUGACUGCAGGGUGGAGCACUGGGGCUUGGACCAGCCGCUCCUCAAACACUGGGAGGCCCAAGAGCCAAUCCAGAUCCCUGAGACAACGGAGACUGUGCUCUGUGCCCUGGGCCUGGUGCUGGGCCUAGUGGGCAUCAUCGUGGGCACCGUCCUCAUCAUAAAGUCUCUGCGUUCUGGCCGUGACCCCCGGGCCCAGGGGCCCCUGUGAAGUACUGUAAAGGUGGGAAUGUAAAGAGGAGGUUCUAGGAUUUGUAGAAUGUAAGGAAGGGAGGAAAAAUUCAAUCCGAUAAUUGUUCAUUGAUCUUCUAAUGGGUUAAAAGCAUUCAGCCACAUAACAACAACAACAUUGAUAACUAACAGUAGUUAAUAUGCUCAGGCGCUAUUCUGAGCGUUUAUGUUUAUUAACUCACUUUAUUCUCACAAAUAGUCUUUGAGGUAGGUACUAUUAUUUUCACCAUUUCACAUGAGAGAUACUUCUAUCUUUUUACAUACACAGAGACCUGAAGCACCUUGAUCAAGUUCCCACAGCUAUGAAGUAGUAGGGCUAGCUUCCAAUCCAGAAAGUCUAGAUCCAAGACUGUUUAUCCACUAUACUAUACACCCUAUUUUGUGAAAGAAAAGACCAAGUUCAAAUUCUCCAAGAGUCCAUUGUCUAUUAAUGGAGGCAGAUCUAUAUUUCUAUACAUAAUUACAACACAGUGUGGUGGGUACCUGUACUAUUUACUGCCUUUACUUGGACUCAUUCCAUGGCAAUGCCACACAAAAAAUGCCCCUCCGGAGAUCUUAUAGUUUUCUAUUUUUCGUAACAUUCACCAUGUUUUAUAUUUGUAUGUGUUUUGGAAAUUCUCUUAGCAUUAGGUAGUGAACUUCCAUGCAGAUGACCACAUCUAAUUCAUUAUUAUUAUUGUUAUUCAUGCUGGACAUCAGGUA